AUGAUUGGGAGAAAAUGCCAGCAUUGCGGGACUGAAACGACCCCUCAAUGGCGACCAGGUCCCCAUGGAAAUAAAACCUUGUGUGAUGCUUGUGGGGUUAGAUACCGAAAGUCUGGGAAGCUUGUCCCAGAAUACCGCCCUGCAAGUAGCCCAACUUUCUCGAGGGAGUUGCAUUCGAAUAGCCUCAUCAAGGUAACGAUACUUCUCUGCAUCUGUCUCUCCACAACUGGAAUUGGAUCUACGGCUGUUGGGAGUUUGUUGGUAGAACUGUUGGAGUCGGUUGGUGGUGGGUCUUCACAGUAUAAGUCCAAGAUGAUCGGGAGAAAAUGCCAGCAUUGCGGGACUGAAACGACCCCUCAAUGGCGACCAGGUCCCCAUGGAAAUAAAACCUUGUGUGAUGCUUGUGGGGUUACGUACCGAAAGUCCGGUAAGCUUGUCCCAGAAUACCGCCCUGCAAGUAGCCCAACUUUCUCGAGGGAGUUGCAUUUGAAUAGGCUCAGCAAGUCGGAAGCUUUGCCUGAGUACCAUUGA